AUGCUUCAUCUCUACCGCCUUACAGCCACCAACGCAGCUGAUCCAGUGUUGCAGCGGGCUAUAUUAGGUUGUGGUUUAGUUAAUCUACGUGGGAAACCAGAUAACUUCUUUGAAGCUGAUCGUCUAGAUGAGCUGCUCAACCUUCAGUUAAAGGAAACCAUGCGAAGUCGUGGAAAUUCAACACAUGAUGUUUAUCAUCUGUUCAAAUGGGGUCUUUCCCUUAUAAAGUAUCACCUGCCUCUCCGAGGCAUGUUUGAGCUUAACUUUGGAGAAUGGACUAAUUCAGAACUUGCAGUCAAAUCACCACAAAAUGAUAUUCAUUCCCUAGCUGAACUACUCUCUCGUGAAAGUGUCAAUAAACAGAACUUUCGAGAUGUCAAAUUUUAUGCGCCUGAGCUUAUGGUCGAUGGAUUUAAACGGUUAUGUGACGUGACAGUCAUUCAGAACUUCGAUGCUGCUGUCAACCUCACUAGGAAUAGCUCAUUGGACUUGGAUGAUUACCAUGAUGUUGAAGAUAUUGUUUGUGACGCUAAUAUUGAUAUUCAAACAACUGAGAACCUGACGGCAGAGGAUUUUCAGGAUUUCAGUACCUAG